CUUUUGGUGUGUAUACUCCCCAAAAGGAAUAAAUGCUGCGGUUUAGAGCUACGCUCACGCUCUUCACCUCUGGAGCCGUACGCGCUGUGGGUCACAGCAAAGAAUUUAUGAUUGCUUGUCGGGAUUUACCAACCACGCCGAGUGGCAGAAAUCCCUAUGAUGUGUUGGAAAUGGAUAUUGCCCCUUCUACCACAAUGGAAGAUGUUUCUAAGCAUUUUCGAAGCUUAGUUGUUAAAUAUCAUCCUGAUAAGCCUGGUGGCAGCACUGAUAAAAUGUCCGAGAUCAACUUAGCGUAUACGAUUGUCAAGGACAAUCAUGAUAAAGUUCUUUCAAAAAUGACUGAGGUGGGGAAUAACGUUAAGGCAAAUGCGGUAUACCGUCAGCAUAAACACGAACGGGCCAUCCAUGAUGAAGAAUUGCGUCAUUCUGGGGGUGUUUAUCGACGCAAUACCAAAGCUGCGCUGCAUCCUUCUUACAACCGCCCCCGCUCCCUAAAAGAAAUAGAACUACAAUGGGAAAAGUAUCGGGACGAAACAGGGAUGACUGUAAAGAGUAUGUGCAACCGCUACGAGGUUGCUAUUCAACUAGGCAGGUUUCUUAGGAAAUCGACCAACCUAAAUGAGAUCAGCGCACGCGAGCGUUGGCUUCGUAAGUCCUUUAUUAAGAGUAUUUGGGAGAAUGUCCACGAACUACGUGGAGAGCUACUUCGCCGAGGAGCCCGCAGCGCGCAGCAAUCGGAGCUUGCGGAGUCGAUGGUGUCCUUCGCUUCGGUGACGCAGCGCAAACUAAACGAGGACUUCCAGCGGCUCACGCAGCAAAGUGUACAAAGUCAGUCUAGAAUGUUUUUACAGCGUGUGUUCUUACUCAUGUGCAUUUCUAUACUGUUAGUGAAGUUCUGGAAGUUGUUUUUUUUGUGGUGCUAUAGGGCCACAUCAAAGAUGUACGUUAAUUAGUGGAUGAGCGUUGAUAUGGGAAUUCGUUCUAGUCUUUUGGGGGUGCGUCAUAAGGACAACCUGACACUAAAGUGGGGUUUACCAAAUAGUGUUUAGUUUAACACUUUUCCAUUUCGAUCGCCGGUAUACUAAUGUGUUCGUUUAAUUUUUCCUGUGGUUUCCCUCACAUAUGGUCGUGUAUCACAUUCAUUAAUUUAUAUUGUUUAUCUUU